UGCAUUAUCAAAUUAGCAUGAAAAUUUGUACGCAUUUAGCAAAUCCAAUGUAGUGUUCGAUUAUAAUCAUGUUUCUGAUUUAAAUCUAGUAAACAUAACACAAUUCUGAUUUUGACCUCAACGAAUCAGAUGCAAACCUGCAAAAAGUAUUGGCAACAUGUGGCCAAAUUAAUUACUCAAAACAAUUUUCUUAACCAUCUUCCACAUUUCGUCACGGUAAGUUAAUUAGGUGACAAAAUAUGAGGUUAGCUACAUUUUAAGUCUACAGUUGUGUUGUCUGGAGCCAAAAUGGCGACACCAUAUGAGCUGUAUUUGGCGCGGCGAGAAAUAAUCAUGUCUCUUUCACAAAAAAGCUUUACUAUCGAAAAAUCAAAGAGAAAACAUACUUUUCCAUAUUUACUAUUGAAUACGUAGCAAAGAAAUAUAAAAUGACAAUCUCAGUUUCUACUUUUCCAUGAUGCGGAAGAAAAAAGUCAUCUACGCCCAAAACCUAAGGAUGACUCAAGCAACGAACCACUAGAGAGCGGAAGAUUUCAGCUUCCAAAUCCAUGUUAAAUUGGAGUAUCAACUGUAGGGUCAACAUAUCAUACAAUAUGGUGAUCAAUCAAAAAUUAUGCCUUGGGGUUUCAGGCUCCAGAAGCCCGACCGACGCGAGAGUACCCAAAGCGAACCACCUCAAUAAAUCGAAAUGGGCUAAAUAUCACCCUAAAUAGAGUUCCGAUCAAUGAAAAAGGGCCUACUGGUCCGACAUAGGCAUAUUUUACUUAUUCGGAGCUCAUUAAUUGGUUCAAGUCUAGCGGAUGCAAUAAAAGGCUCAGAAAUACUAAAACGUUCGUAUGGCAGUUUAACACAUAGGAGGAUCGAUUAUAGUUUGGGGUUAAAUGACCAGUUCUCGGCGUAGUUACCUGGUCACUAUCGAUGAAAUCAUGACCAGGAAGGUGUUGUCGAUCAUUCCAAACGAUAAUUUGAAAUCAUUUAACAAAAACCUGGCCUAGGAACAAAUUUCAUAUUCCAAAAAUUUGGUGUCCCCAAACAUGUAGCAAAAUUAACGAUGCAAGUUUUUGGAGACCGAAAAGGUUAAGAUUCUUUCGUUGGCUGCACAGUCUCCUGAUGUGAUUCUGAUUGUCCGGGUUAAGAAAAGAGAGACCGAUGGGAAACCACUAGUCGAAAAACGAGCUUGUCAAAAGUUUAAAAGAACUGUGGGCAGCCAUAUAAAAAAUCGUUAUAUAGGAACUUGUCGAAUAAAUUCCACGACCUAUUUCUGCUCUUAUUGGGUCGAGGGGAGGUGCCACGCAAUACUAGAAGCACUUUGUCGCACUUAUCCCCAGUUUCGCACCCUUAUGAUACCACACCUUCCUCACGAGUAUAUGAAAAAGGACAUCUAUCUUAUCAGGUGGUUAAGGGAUCGGAAUUUUGACGUUGCCGCUGCAGAGAAACGUUUAUUAGCGCAUAUCCGAUGGCGUUCCGAAAACCAGAUCGAUUCCAUCCUAUCCGAAGAUUGGGACGAUUUUGAUCGCGAAUACAGAAUUUAUAUCGAAGGGUGUGACAAGGACGGAAAACCUGUAAUUACAAUGUUUCCCGGAGACUGGGACAUAAGACGGGUGGCCCUAUCCGGGAAAACUAAACUGUUUCUGCGCUACCUUGUAAAACUUUUUGAAGAGGCGUUAGUCACUGUGAGGGCGAUGCAGGAAAGUGGACAAAAUGUUACCCAAGCAACCAUAAUUUGUGACCUGGCUGAGUUCAACGUCAUCACGAAUGGAUGUCCAAGUUGUAUCGCAAUCUACAUCCAACUAGCGACAAUAUACGAAAAUAAUUAUCCCGGCCUGGCGCAUCGGCUUAUUGGAAUAAAUGUCCCUCAGGUUGCCCUAACUCUCUGGGACUUACUUAAGCACUUCCUCAACCCGCAGACCACGGAGGUGUUACACGUUUACAGUAGAGAUAGGCGGUCCUGGGAGCGCGCCCUUUUCAAUGAAAUCGAUCGAGACCAGUUACCCACAAAAUUUGGCGGACAUAAAACCAACGAUUCUCUGGACCUUGUCGAGUAUCGCGGGCUGAAUAAAGUUUUCGCUUGUACUUAACCGCAUUCCGAGCGCUUGUGUUACACCUCUAAAAAUUAGAUAAUCUGUAUGUAUAAUAAUAACUUCGUAAUACUAAACGGGCAAACUAUGUAAAUAGGAUUAAUAUUUUAGCAAUAUUUAAUUUGUGCAAACUGUCGGUAUACGUGAAGAAUUCAUUCGUCUGAUUAUUUUAUAUGCAUUAAAUACUAACACCAUGAAUGUGAUUGAUGUGCCGUGUAUGAAACUGAUUAAUUAGGGUUGAAAAUUAUAAUUAUUAAUUAUGCACAUAGGUACGUAUGCACAGGGUGGUUUAAAUGUCAGGUUACAAUUGAAAGUUUUUCAAUUAAAAGAAUUCGUAAAU